CUGAUCCUGGAGCUCACCAAGGAGCGGCUGACUUGAGGCUUCGGACCGAACACGAUCAACAAUUACCACCGAGUAAACACGCACUGACGGGUGUCCACUCACAACCCACCAUGACCCACACCCAGGGGAAGUUUGACUUUGCCAUCGACCGAGGAGGAACCUUCACGGACGUGUUUGCUCGGCUACCAGACGGACAGGAGAGGGUUCUGAAACUGCUGUCCCGGGACCCCCAGAACUACAAGGACGCCCCCACUGAGGGGAUCCGCAGAGUCCUGGAAGAGGAAACGGGACGCCCCUGCCCUCGAGACAAGCCCGUGGACACGACUCUGAUCGGCUGGAUCCGGAUGGGCACCACAGUAGCCACCAAUGCUCUGUUGGAGAGGGAGGGGGAGAGGACGGCUCUGCUGGUCACCAAGGGGUUCAAAGACCUGCUCCACAUUGGAACACAGGCCCGACCCAAGCUCUUCGACCUGGAGGUAUCGAUGCCCGAAGUGCUGUAUGAGGAGGUUAUCGAGGUGGACGAGCGAGUCGUCCUCCGACAAGAUGGCUGCAAACUGCCCAGGAAGGAUCCCAAGCGUGUUGUAACAGGAAGCACCGGGGAUAGUCUCGAGGUGUGGCGGGAGCUGGAUCUGGAGCGUGUGGAGAAGGACCUGAAGGGAGUUCUGUCUCGGGGAAUCAGCAGUCUGGCUGUGCUUCUGCUUCACGCCUACACAUGGUCAGAGCAUGAGAAAGCAGUGGGUGCCCUGGCCCGUCAACUGGGCUUCACUCAGGUGUCGCUGUCCUCCGAGGUCAUGCCCAUGGUUAGGGCGGUCCCUCGAGGUUACACCGUGUGCGCCGACGCCUACCUCACACCCAAAAUUCGGGAGUAUCUAAAAGGUUUUACCUCUGGAUUCGAAGGAGCUUUGAAGGAUGUGGACGUCCUGUUCAUGCAGUCAGACGGUGGUCUGACUCCCAUGCAGCAGUUCUGCGGUUCGCGUGCCGUCCUGUCUGGCCCCGCGGGCGGAGUGGUGGGCUACGCCAUCACCUCCUACAGCCAGAUGGAGAAUAGACCUGUGAUUGGCUUCGACAUGGGCGGGACGUCCACUGACGUGAGUCGUUACGCAGGCCAGUAUGAGCACGUGUUUGAAGCCACCACGGCCGGAGUCACCCUGCAAGCGCCUCAGCUGGACAUCAACACCGUAGCAGCAGGCGGAGGCUCGCGACUCUUCUUCAGGUCAGGGAUGUUUGUGGUUGGACCAGAGUCUGCUGGUGCGCAUCCAGGACCGGCCUGCUAUAGGAAAGGUGGUCCUCUGACCGUGACGGAUGCUAACUUAGCUUUGGGCCGCCUCCUGCCGUCCUUCUUCCCUAAAAUCUUUGGGCCUGGAGAGAAUGAGCCUCUGUCCCAGGAGGAGACCAUGACGCAUUUCCGUCAGCUGACCCAUGAGAUCAACCACUUCCUGGCCUCUAACCAAUCGCAAGCUGGUGCAAAUAGCGGCAAAAACUCCCACAAGAGCCAAUCAGAGAUGACUUUGGAAGACGUGGCCAUCGGAUUCAUCCGUGUGGCGAACGAGGCGAUGUGUCGACCAAUCAGAGCGCUGACGCAGGCUAAGGGCCAUGACACAUCUCAGCAUGUGUUGGCGUGUUUCGGUGGUGCCGGGGGCCAGCACGCGUGCGCCAUCGCUCGAGCGCUCGGGAUGAAGACAGUCUUCAUACAUAAGUACAGUGGCGUGCUGUCGGCCUACGGUCUGGCUCUAGCGGACGUGGUGGAGGAGGUGCAGGAGCCGUGCUCGCUGCAGUAUGAGAAAAACUCUUUCGGCGAGCUGGACCGCAGAGUGGAUCUCCUGUCCAAACGCUGCCAGGACACACUGCUAGCCCGCGGAUUCAAUAGUGGCCAAAUAACCACGGAAGUCUUUCUCCAUCUGCGCUACGAGGGCACAGACUGCGCUCUCAUGGUGACGGCUGACGGUUACCCCGGAAACCAGCGCACCUGUCGGGCGGGUGAUUUCCGCAGUGCUUUCACUAAAAGAUACCUGAAGGAGUUUGGAUUCACCAUCCCAGACAGGCCCAUCAUGGUGGAUGACAUCAGAGUGCGGGGCUGUGGGAAGUCUGGGAUCAAAUCGGUGUACAGACCAAAGAAGGGACACGGUCAAGCCAAACCCGUCACGAUGACAAAAUGCUACUUUGAGGAUGGUUACCACGACACCGCCGUGUAUCUGUGGGAGGAGCUUCUUUGUGGUCAUAGCAUCCAGGGACCAGCCAUCAUCAUUGACAAGAACAGCACCAUUCUGGUGGAGCCCUGCUGUGAGGCUUCCCUGACAGAUGGGGGCGACGUGUGCAUGAUGGUGAGCGCGGACCCUCACUGUGCAGUCGGCACAGAGCUCAACACCGUGCAGCUCUCCAUUUUCUCCCACCGCUUCAUGAGCAUAGCAGAACAGAUGGGCAGAGUUCUCCAAAGAACCUCCAUCUCCACCAACAUCAAGGAGCGUCUGGACUUCUCCUGCGCUGUGUUCGGACCGGAUGGCGGUCUGGUGUCGAACGCACCUCACAUUCCAGUGCACCUGGGGGCCAUGCAGGAAACUGUCCAGUUCCAGAUCAGAUCAAUGGAGGGGAACCUGAAAGAAGGGGACGUGAUCCUGAGCAACCACCCGUGUGCCGGCGGCAGCCACCUUCCCGACCUCACAGUCAUCACACCAGUGUUUAGAAAAGGUGUCAGCGGACCGGUGUUCUUCGUAGCCAGCAGGGGGCACCAUGCAGACAUUGGAGGCAUCACUCCUGGAUCUAUGCCGCCGCACUCCACCUCCCUGCAGCAAGAGGGCGCUGUCUUCAUUUCCUUCAAACUGGUCACUGGUGGUGUCUUCCAAGAAGAAGCUGUAACGGAGGCCCUGAUGGCUCCGGCCCAAUACCCAGACUCUUCUGGGACACGGAAUCUCCACGACAACCUGUCCGACCUGCGGGCUCAGGUGGCAGCCAAUCAGAGAGGCAGCCAGCUGGUGGGGGAGUUGAUUGACUGCUACGGGCUCGCUGUGGUUCAGGCCUACAUGGGCUACAUCCAGAGUAAUGCCGAGCUGGCGGUAAAGGACAUGCUGCGAGACUUUGUGCGUCGUCGACGGCAACAGACAGGCUGCUUGGAGGUGGAGUCGGAGGAUUUCAUGGAUGAUGGCACUACAAUCCGACUGCGGGUUCAGAUUAAUGAAGAAGAGGGCACUGCAGUGUUUGACUUCACUGGGACAGGCACAGAGGUGUGGGGGAACUGCAACGCUCCAAGAGCAAUCACACUCUCCGCCCUCAUCUACUGCCUUCGCUGCAUGGUGGGACAGGACAUCCCCCUCAAUCAGGGCUGUCUGGCACCAAUUAAAGUCACCAUCCCCUCAGGGUCCAUCCUCCAGCCGUCGCAAAACGCAGCAGUGGUUGGCGGCAACGUGCUCACAUCCCAGAGAGUUGUUGAUGUCAUUUUCAAGGCGUUUGAGGUCUGCGCUGCCUCUCAGGGUUGCAUGAACAACGUUUCAUUUGGCAGUGAGAAGGUUGGGUACUAUGAGACUGUCGCCGGGGGCGCUGGGGCGGGGCCGAGCUGGAGUGGCAGAAGUGGCGUGCACAGUCACAUGACCAACACUCGUAUCACUGACCCUGAGAUUCUGGAGAAGAGAUACCCAGUGAUAUUGGAGCAGUUCUCCUUGCGACCCGCUUCAGGGGGUGCAGGGAAAUACAGCGGAGGAGACGGUGUCAUUCGCAAGCUGCUGUUCAGGGACGAAGUAGUUCUGUCUGUGCUGAGUGAGAGGCGAUCCAGACGUCCCUACGGCCUCAACGGGGGUGAAGAUGGUGCUGCGGGACUGAACCUGCUUCACAGAGCUGAUGGCAGAAUACUCAGUCUGGGUGCUAAGACCAGCAUCAGCCUUCAACCAGGGGACAUGUUCUGCCUGUACACUCCAGGAGGAGGGGGUUACGGGAAGGAGGACGGAAACCGAAAACCGCAGACAAAGCGCAGGCGUGUGAACGAGACUUUUCCAGAGAGAGGCAGCGUCUUUGAGUACCGCAUGGCGCAAGAAGGAGUGUGACACAGCUCAGGUGGAGGGAUUCAACACAAAGUAUGGACGCACCCAUACAAUUAUAGACAUACGAUAUGCAGUAUUGUACUAACAAAAACAUCACAACAAAGCGUGUUCCUUUGAAUUGCGAGACAGCGCCCUCUGCUGGAUCCACAGCAUAACACUUUGUUUUGCCACCUGCAGAUAGCGCCAUCAAACCACUCUCUCUUCAAGUUACCAUUUAAAAAAAUAGUUACUGACGAGUUAAAGCAGAGAAAAGAAAUCAAUGACUAUGCGGGGGAGCGAAUAAAACCACAAAAAAGUGGGAAUCUACUGUAGAUUUAUUUUAUUCAACAUUAACCAACAUUUUAAAAAACCCAUUAAAGUCAGAUCUUUUUGGCUGAUCUUUACAAAAAUGGCAUUGAAAUGUAUUAAAACACAAAAUGUCAUAAUCCAUUUAAGUGCAAUAUAUUUUUCAGGAUAUAGAGCAAAUUUAAUCAACGCCAACUUCAUAGCCUCAAUUUUAAUUAAAGUUUUUAGUGGAGGAAAAAAAAUGAUUGAGCCCUUUUUUUUUAACCAAACAGCUUUUUUUAGGUGUAAACAAGGCACGUAUUUGUUGCUUUUUUGGGAAAAUUUUCAUUUAAAAAAUAAUUGUAUUUACAUUGUGGUCACAGUAACUGAGCCCAACGUGACAAGUCGUACAUUUAAAUUAGGACGUGAUUGUUAAUACGUAUGUAUCCUUCGUAUGCUUUGUCUUCUGGGAGGAGAGGGGGCAUCCUUAAGUGGUGUUGCCCUCUUCCCUUCUUUUUUGGGUGGUGGUGAGGAAUGACGAGGGAGGACGCCCGGUGAGGGAGUGCAGGCAUGCGUAGACCAGCUGAUAAAGAGAUAGCGACCACUGCGGAGGAAGCAGCAGGAGGUCGACGGCUGCCUGGAUUUUGGAUGUAAAUCAGAUGUUUUGUCUUUGAGAGCUGCAAAUUCCAAUUGGGAACUCACGGACGAUUGAUCAAAGAUAGUUUCUUUGUUUAUGGAUCACAGUUCCUGUGCUAAAGAAUACUCUUUAAGAUGAUUUGACAAUAUCCAGACUUUCUUUAUCAGCUCUAAGGUUUAAGAGCUGUUGUAGUAACAUUGAAGAAGACCAAUUUCGGACAAUAAACAGCCACAUUUAUUAGGUUUUAGGGUGAUAAAUUCAGUAGAAGCAUUUUAAUCCAAUAUAUAGAAAGAUAAAUAAAAAUAAACCAUUUUAUUAUACCUUUUAAGCCAAAAAUAUAUUUUUCUCAAUUUAAAUUAAGUUCCAAUACUUACACAAAAUCAUCUAAUAGUACAAAGAAGCUUUUUCAUGUCAGUCUGACUGGUUAAAUAUUAUGAUUUAGUUAUUAACACACUUAUCGCAUGAAGAUUUUCAAGUGAAAUUCUAAUUUAUGUAGCAUUAAAAAGUAACGCAAUAUAAAUACAUGACUAAAUAUCUUAAAUUGCCAUAUUGACCCGUAUAUAAGACGAUCCUUUUUCACAGCGUGUUAUUUUUAUUAUGUUUUAAAAAUCACAACAAAUCAAGCUCUUCAAUGACCACACUGACCCGAAUAUAGGACAGUCCAGAUUUUUGAAAACUCCUCUUUAAAGACAAAAUCCAUGAUAAAAACGAAAAAGCAAGUUCUUAAAUGACCAUGUUGCCCUGCAUACAAGAUGACCCUUUUCUUUUUCAAAACCUUUUUUUUUUUUUUACAAACAAGAA